CAUUAAGCGAAGGAUUCUACUGUCUCAACGAACUAAUCAUGUUUGUGAAACUACUCCUCCUCGCCUUGGUGGGGAUCAGUACUGCGUACCAGUAUGAGUACCAGAACGAGUUCUACAACCGACGCCCGGAGAACAAGACCGGAUUCGAGUUUGGUGCCUGGGAACCGAACCGCGAAUACGUCUACAAUGUCACGUCGAGGACCAUGACCGCCCUGGCUGAUCUUGCCGAUCAGUGGACCGGUGUGAUCACUCGUGCCCGCCUGAUUGUGCGUCCCAAGGACCCGCAAUACGUGGUGUGCUACGUGAAACAGGCCGAGUACGCUACCUUCAACGAGGAGCUGCCUCAGGGUUACCGUACCAACAUCUGGAGAGAGCUCAACCAAAAGCUCAAGUGGCAACCCAUGCCGUUCAGCGCUAAGCCCUUCGCCAUCCGCUACCGCAAGGGAGCCAUCAAGGGACUGUACGUCGAGCAGACCGUUCCGAACCACGAAGUCAACAUCCUGAAGGCCUGGGCUAGCCAGCUGCAGCUGGAUACCCGCGGAGCUAACGUCAUCAAGUCCAAGUACAACCAGUUCCCCGAGAACACCACCUUCACCGGUGUGUACAAGGUCAUGGAACCCCUGGUUACUGGAGAAUGCGAAACCCUGUACGAUGUGAACGUUGUCCCGGAACACGUUAUCAAGGGAAACAAGCGCUUCGUCCCGAGACCCGAAUUGCGCGAAGACAACCAAUACUUUGUCGAAGUGCACAAGACCCAGAACUUUGACCGUUGCGAACAGCGCAUGGGAUACCACUUCGGAUUCAGUGGUCAGAGUGACUUCAAGCCCAACUCCAACCAGAUGGGAAAUGUUGCCUCAAAGGCCGUUGUCGGUCGCAUGUUCCUGACCGGUACCUGGUACAACUACACCAUCCAAUCGUCCAGCACUGUCAACAAGGUCAUCGUCGCCCCGUCGAUGGUUGAUGACCAGAAGGCUAUGGUCUACUCCCAGGUCAACAUGACUCUCGACCGUGUUGUCCCCUACGAUAAGGUCCCGAUGGGUCCGGCUGAGGAUCGUCAAGUGUUUGUCGACCUUGUCUACAGCUACAACAUGGCCAACGAUAAGAAGAACAGCGUGCGCCCAGGAAAUGAGACCGACUCCUCGUCGUCCUCGUCAUCUUCGUCAUCCUCUUCGUCUUCGUCUUCAUCAUCUUCGUCAUCUUCUUCCUCGUCUGAAUCUGACUCGUCCAGCUCUUCGGAUUCCUCCAGCUCAAGCUCGGAAGAACAAAAGAACCAGAAGGACAACCCCAAGAUCAGCCCGGCCGAACAACACAAGCAGCUGCUGAAGGAUGUCAAGAACCGUCGUACCCGUCGUGAUCUCAACGCCCAAAAGGAAAAGAAGUACUACGAAGCCUACAAGAUGGACCAGUACCGUCUGAGCCGCAACAACGAUACCUCUUCCGACUCGAGCAGCUCCGACGAUUCCAAGUCGUCGAGCUCUUCCAGCAGCUCUUCGGAAUCGAACGAAAACAGCAAACAAUCUGGAUCUGGAUCUUCGUCGUCGUCUUCGUCGUCUUCCUCAUCGUCCUCGUCGCAGUCGCCAUCCUCGUCGUCUUCCAGCGAAUCUGAUUCUCUGAGCAGCGAGGAACAAUACUACCAGCCAAUGCCAGAGAGCUUCAAGGAGGCGCCCCAGGCUCCUUUCCUGCCUUUCUACACCGGAUACAAGGGAUACACCGUGCAGUACGCUCGCAACGUUGAUGGACCCCGUGCCGUUAGCAAGCUGGUCCAGGAGAUCGCCGAUGAGCUCCAGAACCCGUCCAACCUGCCCCAGUCCAACACCCUGAACAAGUUCAACAUUCUGUGCCGUGCCAUCCGCACCAUGGACUAUAAGGAAACCUACGAGGUCGCCCAGAAGUUCUUCGUUUCCCAGAAGGAGCGCCAGGAAGGAGACAACCACAGCGAGAAGUUCGCCAAGCGUUGUGACGCCUGGAACACUUUCCGUGACGCUUUGGCCGAGGCUGGAACUCCUCCAGCUUUCAAGGUGAUCAAGGAAUUCAUCGAAGAGAAGAAACUGCGUGGAGCUGAGGCUGCCAGCGUUAUCGCUACUCUGCCCCAAUCGAUCCGUUACCCGACCGAACCGCUGAUGCAUGAGUUCUUCCUGCUGGUCACCUCCGACACCGUGCAACACCAGGAUAGCCUGAACGUCACUGCUCUGAUCUCGUUCACCCAUUUCGUGAACCAGGCCCAUGUCAGCAACCGCUCCGCCUACAACUACUACCCAGUCCACAGCUUUGGCCGUCUGGCUGAUUCUGACUACAAGAUCGUCGCCCACAAGAUUGUUCCUUGGCUGGCUCAUCAAUUGCGUGAAGCCGUCAACGAAGGAGACAGCAUCAAGAUCCAGGUCUACAUCCGUGCCCUUGGAAACCUUGGACAUCCGGAGAUUCUGAACGUGUUCGAGCCCUACCUGGAAGGCAAGAUCCCCGUCAGCGACUUCCAGCGCCUGUGCAUUGUUGCCGGUAUGGACAAACUGGUUGAAAACUUCCCGAAACUUGCCCGCUCUGUGCUGUUCAAGGUGUACCAAAACACCGGAGACGUUCAUGAGGUACGAUGCGCCGCUGUUCAUCUUUUGAUCCGCGCUGAACCACAAAUUGAGAUGAUGCAACGCAUGGCCCAGCAAACCAACGAGGAGCCUAGCCUGUACGUGCGCGCUGCCGUCAAGACUGCCCUGGAAUACGCCUCCCAAGCUGACGAGUAUGAAGCUGAUAGAACCUUCGCCAACAACGCCAAGGCCGCCAUCAAGCUGCUGGAUCCGGAAGUGUACGGACUGCAAUACUCUUCUAACUAUCUGCGUGACAUCGCUCUCAACAACCUGGAGAUGGCUUACCGCAUGUACGUUGGACAAAUCGCCUCUGAUGAUCACUGGCUGCCUAACGGUAUGUUUGUGCAUCUGCGCAAGAACCUGGGUGGAGUCAAGAGACACACCACUUUCUGGUAUUUGGUGUCGAGCAUGGAAACCUUCCUGGACCUGGUUGACAAGCAGUACGAUUCUAGCAACAUCUCGGAAGACUACAAAUCGGCCGAUUACUACUACAAGUAUUACCAACAGUUCCCGGAAAAGAAGAGCGAAUACUUCGAGAAAUACUUCAAGACUCACGAGUCCCAGAACGAGAUGAACAAGAAGUACAACGAGCAAAACAGCAAGUACUUCCAAAAAUACUCGACCACUCGCAUCGCCAAGCUGCUCAACAUUGACCCUCAGGAAGCCGAAGAGAUGGAAGGUCAGCUGCUGCUGCCGCUGUUCAACGGUAAAUACUUUGCUGCUUUCAACAACCAGACCAUUGAAAACAUCCCACGCAAGCUGAAGGAGCUGUGCGAUGAUCUGGAAGACGGCAUGAGCUUCAACAUCACCAAAUUCUACCAAUACCAGCCACUCACUCUUGCCUUCCCGCUGGCUUCUGGUCUGCCUUUCGUGUACACCCUGAAGAACCCGACUGUUGUCAAGAUCGAAACCGAAGCCACCAUCAAGACCCACCCCAGCAUUGUCAAGAAGCCUGCUGGUCACCCGGAAACCGAAAACGACGACUUCAUCCACGUGCCACGCGUGCUGAACGGAUCUGUUGAUGCUAACCUGGUGUUCCACCGCUUGAUCGAUUCCAAGAUUGGAUUCAUCACUCCGUUCGACCAUCAACGCUACAUUUCUGGAGUCCAGAAGAAGAUUCAAGUCUUCCUGCCUUUGAGCCUGGAGUUCAACUGGGAUCUUGAGAAUGACCAAUACGAAACCGAGCUUGAGAUUCUGGACAAGAAGGAAGACAAGCUGCUGUUCCAUCUGAGCGCCUGGCCGUACACUGGAUUCAAGGACAUCACCGAUAUGCGUCCGAUUUCUGAGAACCCGAACGCCAAGAUCAUCCACGCCAACGAGCACAACACUCAGACUUUCCAACAGACUGUUGGCCAGGACAUGUUUGGCUUUGCUCUGCGUGUGCACGCCAAGUACGACGAAGACAUCAUCGAUGUUCAAAGCAUCCUUGAGCAUGUUCAGGAAGGUGACUAUCUGGCCGCCCUUGUCCAUCCGUUUGCCUACCAGCCUCUGUACUAUCACCAGCUGAAUGUGUACUACGAUGCUCAGCGCACUGGUGCCAAGAAGGUCCGCGUUCUGGCUCACUACAACGAGGGAGACUUCGACCAGGACUUCCAGGAAUCCGACAUCAAGCACCCGAAGGGACGUCACGCUUACGCUGGAUAUUACAACGAGAACAACCUUGCUCAACCCUUCGUCUUCAACGCUGGAAGCCAGCGUCGUCAGGAACAGUUCAUCAAGAACGCUGCCGCCGGAAUCCGCAACAGCGAUGUUACCGUGUUCGACUUUGGAUUUGUCUUUGAAGGUCGCGAAAAGAAGGCCGAAUAUGUUCUGACCACUGCCUACGCCGAUAGCCCGGUUGAUGAGAAGUCUCGUAUGCUAGUCUUCUUCUCUGGAAGCCCGUACUCGCCGUCUGAUCGCUUCUUCGGAGUGCCGCACAACGGAAAGCAAUUCCAGAUGUGCCUGUCUGCCACCAACGAGUUCCCGAACAUGCCCAAGCUGAACUUCAUCAACGCUCUGAACCACGAUAUGGAUUCGUCUCUCCGCUGGGAACUGUCGUACGGUGAGAAGUGCCAGGGAGGAGCUCAGGUCUCGAUGAAGGGCAAGCUGAAGCAGUCGGAUGAGUACCGUCACAAGCUGCGCAUCUCCGAGGUCGGACAACGCUGCAAGCAACAGAUGGAUCAGGGACGUUUCCAACUGCAAGAUUGCCAGAACGCGACUCGCCAGGCUGGAUAUCUGGAUCAGUACAAGCUUGACAUUGAACUGAAGGAUGUCGGAUCGUAUGCCCGUAACUGGACUCUCAAGGUUGUUGAUUGGGUGCAGCACAUGACCUACCCGUGGUUCGAACCUAACUACCUCUACAAGGGCAAGUCCAACAAGAUUGAAUUUGAGUUCGAGAUGUCGCCUUACGGAGAUUAUCUGAACGCCUCUGCCUUUGCUCCGGAAUACGCCUUCGAGAUUGAGAACUACCCGGUUGACAGCUUCUGGGCUCGCUACUUCACUGCCGUCCACACCGAUCUCGCCUGGUACGAGCGCCUGGGAACUUAUGCCUACCAAGGAAACUAUAAAUCUUCCUGUGCCGUUUCCAGCAAGUACGUCGAUACCUUCGAUGGCCGCAACUACGAGUACAACAUGGGUGAAUGCUGGCAUGUGGUUUUGCACACCGUGAAGCCCGACUACGAGUACUACGCCCAGCAGUCUCACUUCCAGAACGCUGACACCGAGUACCGCUUCAAGAACGGAUUCAGCGAGGACGAACAGAUCAGCGUGUUGGCCCGCUCGGGACCAUCGCAGGAGCUGUACUUCAAGGUCAUCCUGGGACAGUACAAGCAGAACGACUACAACAUUGAUAUCCUGCCGAAGGGAGCAGAGCUUCCGGAAGUGUUCAUCAACGGAAAGCCCCAACAGAUCCAUGAGAAGUACGCUGUUGAGCUGUACACCAACGACAAUGGAGGCGAUCAGCCUCUGUUCCGUUGCUACGCUCUGCCUGGCAAGGAAAUUGAGAUCAGCAUCCGCGACGAUGAUGUGAAGAUUGUGUUGGACGGACAGCGUGCUCGCGUCUUUGCUGACCAGAAGUACUUUGAUAACUUCGUCGGUCUGUGCGGAACCAACAACGGUGAACUGUACGAUGACUAUGUCACCCCCGAUCAGUGCUACAUGAGCCAGCCGGAAUACUUUGCCGCUUCGUACGCCCUGACCGGCCAGAACUGCUCUGGUCCGGCUAAGGCGUUCAACAUCGCUUACCAACAGAAGGCCAAGGAAGAGUGCGUCAAGGAGGAGGUGUUCUACGGAAAUGUCAUCAGCGAGCAGGAAGCUGGCCGCAAGCGUUACCGCUACUACAACCACAACGUUGAGGAUUCUUCCAGCUCGUCCGACAGCUCGUCGUCGUCUAGCUCGUCCAGCUCGUCGUCUUCCGAGUCCGACUCCAAGUCCAACUCUGACAGCUCGUCCAGCAGCAGCUCCAGCAGCUCCGAGGAAGAGAAGAUCACCCGCAACAUCAACAAGGAAAGCAAGGGCACCUACAAGGAGUUCCACGCCGAUCGCCAGAAGCACACCCUGAAGGAAUGCGAAAUCCAGCACCAGCACCAGAUCGUCGAGCAGGGCGCCAAGACCUGCAUCACCAAGCGCCCGCUGCCGGUGUGCCCGUCGCACUGUGUGGCCUCCAACAAGCUGCAAAAGUACGUCGACGUGCACUGCCACGACAGCGACGACCAGAGCGUGAAGCUGUACAAGAACCAGAUCGCCAAGGGCUACAACCCGGACAUGUCGAGCCACCAGGUCACCAAGACGAUCAAGUUCAACAUCCCGAAGACCUGCGUGUACGCUCAGUAAGGAAGCUUUUGAAUCUCUUGGUCAAAACGUAUAUCGGAAAGCAAUGAAUUUGGACAAAGUAUAAAGCAAGAAUCAAGCAAAUAAAGCAUAAUUUGGCAAUUAAUCAAA